GUUCUCACUUCCAGUUAUCAGAGAACCUGUGUGAGCUCCGUUUCUCAGUAUGAGUUCUUAAGCGGAGGAAGUGUUUGUUUUUUUUUUAGAACGGAAACCCAAGCGAUGCGCACACACAGCUGCUGAUAACAAGAAGCGGCACAUCUUAUUGAGUCGCCUAAAGACCGCGGCUGUGUUUAUUACUCAGAGCAGCAGCAAAAGGUGAAGCCAGUUUGCAGAGCAGCCAGCUUCCAUAAUGGGAUCUUUUCGGCGUCCCAGACCUCGAUUUAUGAGCUCUCCAGUUCUGUCAGACCUUACCCGUUUUCAUGCAAGCACACCUGCUCUACAGAUCUCCAACAUCACUGUGUGGAACAGGGUCCAAUCAGCUGUGAUCAAGGUGUUCAAGGGGGGAGCUCUGCAGACUAAUGAGCUCUACACACUUAACGAGAGCAUCAGGUGGCUCCUUAAAACUGAGAUGGGUUCCUUCAUCACAGAGUACUUCCAGAAUCAGCUGCUGAGUCGAGGUCUAUCUGGAGUCCUGGAACAGAUCCUUCUUCAAAACAGUGACACUGAUGACAACCAGCUUAAUGUCCUUGCCUGUAUGUGGGACCAGUUCUUCACAGAGACCCUCCCUACACUGCAGGCCAUCUUCUACCCUGUCCAGGGUCAGGAGCUGACUGUGAGACAGAUGGCUCUCUUGGCCUUCAGAGACCUGGUGCUGUUAAAACUUCACCUGGAGGACACUCUGGGAAAUGCAACCUCUAUUCCUCCAUCAGUCACACAGAUGCUACUGGUGUUACAGGGUAUCCAUGAGUCGGGUGUUCCAAGUUCGGAGUAUCACCGUUUGGAGAGUCUCGUGGAAAUUGUUGUGUCUCCAUAUAUCUGCAAUGUCCUGCACAAUAGAAACAGCCACCAAUUAGAGCCCUGUCAUCUACGUUCAUCUGAAGCACUGCUAGGUGACCAGUCCCAGCCUGAGAUUAUGAUCACACAGCAUCAUAGCUCCUUAGACUCCUCAUCUCUUUCUCCACUGGUAGAACAAGAAGGAGAGGCAUAUCUGGAGAAAGUUGGCGGUGUGCGGCGCCACACAGUGGCUAAUGCACACUCUGAUGUCCAUCUGCUGUCAGUUUCAAACAAGAUGCAUGCUGGGAUGGAGAACAGCAGAGGGGAAGAGGAACAGGGAGUUGUUGGGUUUUUGGUGGGGGCCAAGCCUAUGAGUCCCAUGAAUUUCUGCCGCCAAUUGGUCAUGGGAGAUUCUCCAAAUUGCUCAGAAGACAUUGGAUAUGUGAGACAGAACAAGAUGAAAAACUUCAGGGUGACGAAUGAAACUAACUGCAGAAAGAAACUCGCAGGACAUUAUUAAGAUUGAAGAAAAAGCAAGAAACUGUGUAGGAAUCACGAGGAAACGUCCGUACCAAGCUUGUUCAUCUAGGAUGGAAAGGUCUGCUCAGGGUCUUAACUGCAAUGAAUGUUUUAGCAUCAGCUAAGAGCUGCUGUCAAGUUCCUCACUACUUAUGAGGUUCUUUGUAUGUCUCCUAAUAUCAGGAGGUUCUCUUUUAAGACUGUUAUUAAAUAGCAAAAUUGAUUAAUAAAACAAAUUCAUGUGCUUUACAGUACAAUACCUGUCCAGACAUUGGACACUUCUCAAACAUUUUGAAAGAGUAGAUUUGUUUUUAUCUGUAUUAUUCUUUACUUUUCAAAAAUAAAAAUAAUAAAUGACACAUUGAUAUGUUUAUAGUUAAUACAAAAAUUUAGUCUGACGUCACCAUUUUUAUCUUCAUCAGUUUGUCACUUGGUUGGAGAGGUGUUUAGUUAGCCAGCCAGCCUUGUCAUUGUUAACUAUUAAAAUUACAUACAAAUUUGGUACCAUUCAGCAACUCUGCUAAGAAACACAAAACUAAAUAAAGAGCCCGUCAACUAGAAUACAAUGAAUCUGGAAAGUAUUCAAAGUGCUUAAUUUGUUCCACAUUUUAACAUGUUUCAGCCUCAUUCAAAAAGAAACUAAAUUAAAGUGUAGUUUCUCCCAUUAUUACUCUCAGAACCUCUCAAGUUCAGGGUUGAUGGGACGCGUCAGUGCCAGCCAUUUUCAGUUAUUUCCAGUGAUUUUCAAUUCAGUUUUAAUUUUAUUUCUAUUGAGCCAUUAAACAAUAGUCACCUCAAAAUGCUUUAUGUUGUUAAGUAAAGACCCUAUAAUAAUGGAGAGAAGCGCCAACAAUCCAACGACCCCCUUUCAGUGACCACUUGGCAACAGUGGGAAGGGUAAGCUUCCUUUUAACAGGAUGAAUCCUCUGUCAGAACCGGACUCGCUGAGAGGCAGCCAUCUACUGGGACUAAUGGGAGGAAGACAGGAUAAAAGACACAUUUGUUUAAUCAUUUAUUAUUAGCUAACGAUUAAAUGCCGAGUGAGUAAAAAAGUUAAGUGAAGAAAUAAUCAGUGCAUCAUGGGAAGCCCCCAGCAGCAAAGACAUUUGCAGCAUAACUAAGGGUGGAUUCAUUGUCACCA